AUGUCUCCAGAGGCCGUUUUCUCCAAUGUCUUCUCUACGAGCUCCGACGUGUGGUCCUUCGGCGUGCUGAUGUGGGAAAUCUUCACGAUUGGCCAGACGCCCUUCGGACACCUAUUUCCUCUGGAGUUCUAUGAUCAGCUCCGGCGGGGGCUCAUUCUUUCGAGGCCGGUGUUUGCCAGCGACCACAUCUACGCCACCGUUAUGGUGCCCUGCUGGAAGUACAGGCCCGAGGAGCGACCCCGCUUCGCUGAAUUGCGAGAAUCCCUUGAGAGCCUUAUCUCCGCGACAGUUAAUGUUGGAGGAGGCUCUGAUGCGGCCUCGGGCACGUUACCAUUCGGCCUGGCGUCCUUUCUCCUGGAUUAA